UGUCUGCUUGUGGAUAUAAUAUCAUCUACCUGUCCCUGUCACUCUGACACUACGACCACUAACACAGUGUCAGACAGGACAUAUACAUAUAUAGGCUAUAUAUAAUUAAUCCUAUGUAUUUUUUUAUUUAUUUAUUUGCUUCAGCUUGCUUCAAAACACUUUUUUUUCAGAUACAGAUAAUGCAAAACAGAUAAUGCAAAAGAAAUCUUAAGCAGAGCGGUGUAAGCUAUUUACUGGAUGGGCUCCACCGCAAAACUUGAUACACAGAUCUUUUCAUUGUUCUUCGAUUUGGACGCUGUGUUGGUACAAAGAAGUUAAUCUGAUUAUACCACCGAGUCUUUUAUUUGUUUACCGAUGAACUCCAUGAAGGAUCCAUUGAAUUUGGAACGACUAUCCGGGAAUAAACUCACAUCUCACCAUACCACAUUAGCCAUGGCUUCUUUGCAGCGGUCUAAUGAGUCCAAACACCGACUGGAGGUGCCGGCAGUCUCAGAUACCUCCAGUCCAGAGUCUGUAGAAAAAGAAAAAAGUCAGAGUAAAAACGAUGACCCUGCUGCAGACGAUCCUUCAAAAAAAAAGAGGCAACGACGCCAAAGGACUCAUUUUACCAGCCAACAGCUACAGGAACUGGAAUCCACUUUUCAGAGGAAUCGGUAUCCCGAUAUGUCAACCAGAGAAGAAAUUGCAGUGUGGACCAACUUAACUGAAGCUAGAGUCCGGGUAUGGUUCAAGAACCGUCGGGCUAAGUGGAGGAAGAGAGAAAGAAACCAACAAUCAGAGCUAUGCAAGAACGGCUUCGGUCCCCAAUUCAAUGGCCUUAUGCAGCCCUACGAAGACAUGUACCCUAGUUACACCUACAAUAACUGGGCCGCGAAGGGCCUGACGUCGGCCUCUCUCUCCACAAAGAGCUUCCCUUUCUUCAACUCGAUGAAUGUCAACCCACUGUCGUCGCAGACAAUGUUCUCAUCACCGAACUCCAUCUCUUCCAUGAGUAUGUCCUCAAGCAUGGUACCCUCUGCAGUCACAGGAGUGCCGGGCUCCAGUCUCAACAGCCUCAAUAACUUGAAUAACCUCAACCCUUCUCUCAAUUCUGGCGUGGCAACGUCAGCGUGUCCUUAUGCCCCGCCAACCCCUCCUUAUGUAUAUAGGGACACUUGCAACUCCAGUUUGGCCAGCCUGAGACUGAAAGCCAAGCAGCACUCCAGUUUUGGAUAUGCCAGUGUUCAGAACCCAGCCUCUAACCUGAGUGCUUGCCAGUAUGCAGUGGAUAGGCCAGUGUGAAAACUGAAAAAUCCAAAAAGGAAUAAAAGGAGAACAAGAGACUCCAACUGAAUUUUUAAAAGGGCACUACAAACUAAACCACUUAAUAUAAGCAAAACCUGAGACGGAGAAUCUAACUUAAAGGAACUAAUUAAACAUAGGCAAUCCUUCCUUACAAGUAUGUUUUGUUUAUUUGUUUCUCAAAAGAACAGUGCAGAAUUCGACUGGGUGUGCCAUUGUAUUCCUACAUAGGCUUGUUACUUUGAAGUUUAGCAUUGUGGACACUAAAUGACUGAAAGGAUGUAUAUAUUAGAAUGUCUAAAUAAUUUUAUAAAAUCAAAUUCUAGUACUCUCUCAACAGUGUUUUCGAGGUUUAGUUUAAAAAAAAAAAAAAGCAUGUGGAAACGUAAAGGAAAUUUGUUUUGCUUGCAAACAAGGGAAUGUAUAUACUUAAUGCACCAGUUGUAUGUUUGUAACAUUAUUAUUAUUAUUAUUAUUAUUAUUAUUAUUAUUUAUUAUUAUUAUUAUUAUUAUUAUUAUUAUUAUUAUUAUGUCUGUGUGAAUAUUGGUUUUAGAGUAGCACACCUAGUAGUAAGAAGUAACAAUGAUUCUGCAAAAUGAAAUAUAAAAUUUACCCUGUGCAUAAUAUCUGGUACAGAUUUGUUUCAUUUUUUUUUUCU